AUGUCUGGCCCCGUUAUCGAGGCCCAGCUCAAAGCCAAGCUCACAGUGGGCUCUGAAUUCGACACACGCGACGCCGCACAGUGCGCUGCUGAGCUGCUGUGCAACGAGCAGAGGACAACUCGAGCCACGACCCGCCAAGAGACCUCCAAACCGCUUAGGUGUGUCGUGGUCUGUAUCACGACCUAUGAGAAGAAGAAAGCCGCCGAGCAGGCUCGGGCCCAUCUCCGACAGCUGGAGCGCACCGAACCCCCCGGUAGCGCUCUCCUCCAGAGCGCUCAGACCGCCGUCAACAACGCCGAGGCCGAAUGUGGCAGUUUGUGCCCCUUUCGAGCAUCCUUCACUAGAACUAGUCUCGACAAGCCGUACCGUUGCAACCGUCUCCACAGUGAGCACAGCUGCCUAGUUCUCUCCCAGCCGAAGCGUCAUGCCCUCUCGCGUGCCUCCAACAUGGAUCAGAUCGUCUCCGCGCUGCAUACCGGGCCUGACAGGGUCCACAAGCCAAAGGCCCUUGCCGACACCGUACGCCGUCACCUCCACUACAUACCUCCGGUCCAUACGACUCAGAGAGCGCGUCACCGCGUUCGGAAAGCUCGGCUUGGCGACCACAACACCCAAUGGCAGCAGCUACGUCAUUAUAUCGAGCUCCUGAAGGAGGCAGACCCCGCUGGACUCGCCGAGAAGGAAGGGUUCAACGUCAUUGUAUCACCCUCAACCGCCCCCGAAACCGCUCGGCUCUGUAAACCAGUCGUGGCCGUCGACGGCUGCCAUGCACAGGGCCAAUUGAAGCUCACGAUCCUCCUAGCAUGUGCGCUGGACGGUGACAAUCAUUUGAACGUUCUAGCAUGGGGCCUGUGCGAAGCAGAGAGUGAGGCAUCAUGGACCUGGUUUUUGAGCCGUUUGAAAAGCCACAUACCCGUCCUCAACGAUCCCAAUCGAGUUCUCGUCUCUGAUCGACAGAAAGGGCUCUUAAACGCCGUGGAAAGGGAGCUACCGGCCACCAAGCAGUCCUACUGCUGCCAGCACCUCAUUAGCAACGUCAGGAGGCACUACAACAACGAGGCCGCGGCAUUCUUUCAACGGCUCGUCAACGUGCGCUCGAAGGAGGGUUUCAUGCAGCUUCUAGAGGCCAAUCAGCCCAAUUUCCCUGGCCAGUUCUUCAGGUACAUCACUCUGCUAGGUCCCUUCGAGUCCUGGGCACGCGCCUGGUUCGGUUUUCCAGGCAGAUUUGGCACUACGACCUCGAACACCGUCGAGGCAAGCAACGCUUGGAUUGGCGAGUUACGCGAGAAGCCGGUGGUGGACAUGCUACACGGACUUCGCGACAAGGUUCUUCGGCAUGCAGUCAAGCAGAAGCGAGCGGCGCAAGCCUACAAGGGCCCGGUGACACCCAGGGCCCUCCCCAUCGUCCAGGAGGAGCUCCAGCGCGCUCACUGGUACCUCGGCGAUGCUCUUCUUUGGAGUGCUGCGCCCUCCAUCAUUGGCCGGGUAACCGGUCCGAACUCCGGAGACCGCCAGGUGCGCGUUUACGCGAUCAACGACGACGGCAGCGAGGCCGAGGGUGCUAGUGUUGAGGAUCAGUCGAGGCCGCUGGCCUGUGAGUGUCCCUGCGGGUUCUAUGAGGAGUAUCGGAUCCUUUGCCGCCACGCCCUGGCUCUCCUGAUCCUUGCCGAGCUCGACCGGCCGAGUGCUGAGCGCCUGGUGGCUCCUUUCUACACUACCAAGGGCUGGCAAGCUGUUUAUGAGCGCCUGAUGCCUCUUCAUUGUCUGCCAAAGGAGCUAGAAGUCGAUGAAGACGAGCCCUUGCCCAAAGCCCGAGGCAACGGCAAGGGAAACAAGAAACGGAAGCGUCACCUGCCUGGCCAGGCUCCCUCGCAGGCCUCCCAAGUCGAGCGCGAUCAGAACUAG